AUGGUGCGUUGGCUCUCGCCGCAGUUCGAGAACCGCGAGAUCGACGCCUCCGCGUACGCGAACGUGACCUCCGAGUGGAUGGUCGGCUGCGUCGCCCCGCACGUCGAGGACUACAUGACGAACAUCCCCGUGCCGACGUUCGUCGGGCUCCAGCAAUGCGAGUUCGAUGGGUACUUCGACGCGUAUCCGGAGCUGCGCGCGUUUGACUUUUCGAGCGUGGACUCGAUGGACUUCAUCCGCGCGAUGCCGCCGGGGAUGCUCAUGCGCAUCAUGUCUGGCACCGUGGACGCGAGGUCGUGA